GAGACCAAAAAGAAAACGUGCAAAAAUAGAAUAUAAUGAAUUUUUGAGCACUGAGAUGCGUAAGAUAGCAUCUAUUAAUCCCGAUAUAAGUCAUAUUGAUUCUUUCAAGAUGGCAGUCAAGGAGUGGAACAAUCAAGUUAAUCCUAUUAAUGCUUUAAUUGCAAAGUUGAGAACUGAGAAUACUGCACUAACAAAUAAUAAUCCAAGGAUUGUUGCGGCAGAAAAACAAGCAAAUGAUAUAUUAAAUAAUCUUGGUGUCAAGAUAGAAACGGAAGAUACAUUUGAGACCAAGAUGGGAAAGAUUGUUAAAGUGAGUGCAGAGGUAAAAGCUAUCAAAUCUUCUAAG